CAACUUCACAUGUAAAUCAAAUUCGAAAAGCGAUUUAAAUUAAAAGAAAAAAAAACAUAUCAUGGUAUCUAUCAAAAAAGAGGAAAAUUUUGUUAUUGUAGAUUUAACCGCCAAUGUAUUUCAAAUUGUCUUCAUUUUUAUUAAAAGUUUUACCGUUAAUUUUUCUCUUGAAGUUUAGUGAUAUAUAUUAGUUUGUUCUUAUGUUAAAGAUAGUUGAUUGUAUGAGUGUGUGACAUUGAAUGAGCUUCGAGGUGGAUCGGUACGCGUGGGCACACAUAGCCCUAUGUGCAGACACCACAUGGGCCACUGAACCUCCGGACGAGUUCACAAUAGCCAACCAGCGCCUCUUGGCACAACAUUGCCGUAUAUCCCAAGUAUUACAAGAGACGGCUGUAGAAUCACAGUCCCAAAGUGUACAAACAAAAAAUCAAUUUGAAACCACAGAAAAGCGAAGUAUAUCGAGUCAAAGUCCAGAAAAUGCAGGCUGCAGCAGUAGUAGUAGCCGGAGAAGCGUAAAGGACGUCAUACCAGAAUCCAGACUGGCACAGUUUUACGGGAAUUUCUAUUACGACGAAGCCAGAGAAAAAUGUUACACAAACGCUAACGAGCGGAGAAGCUGCCGGGGAUACAACGGGCAGGGCUGCGAAAACUCAGAUCUCACAGAAUGUUGGAUGUUGCCUGAGGUGGAGUACUGGUUCCGCAAACUGGUGGACGAGAAUACGGACCGCAGUGCGUAUCCCCGGCGCCGUCGGCAAUACAGAAUGCUCGCUGAUGACGAUUUCGAGCGCUGGGGCCCGUCCGGGGCGCGGGCGGUGGGCGAGGAGGCGGUCCUAGCGGCGAAAGUGCUCAGCACCCGCGGGCUGUGGUCCCCGCCGGCGCCCGCGCAGCCGACCCGAGCGCCGAGCCCGCCUAUCGCGUCAAGGAAGAUCCGCGCGAGACGCCGCCAGCCCAGAAGACUGACAGCGUUGGCCCCCCCGCCGCCGGCGUACUGUUUAGAAGUCCCUGCUCAGUUGCUGUGUGACCCGAAAUGCAAGUUCCAAUUCGACUCGCCACGUCCACCACAACUUAACAUAACCGAGUGCCAGCGAGUCAUGGGUCGGCUGUCAGCCAGCGUGCAAGCUGUUAUGCGCGCCAACGCGGCCCGCUGCCCCCCCUACAGGGGCACCAACGUCAGCAGAUACGCCCCCACCGGCCAACGGCCAGCGCGCUGCCCCGACAGACGAUACGGAGUCUGGUGGCCCAGGGACCACCCCUCCCCAAGACUUGACCACAGAUUCCAACUCACACAUGUUGCUCCUAAUCUACAACGAACCAACGACACUCCAAAAGUUGCCGCUAAAACAGAACCCGAGGAAACCAAAACACAAGACGCUAAAAAUGAUGAUAAUAAAGAAUCUGAAGAAACAAAACCAGAAGAUACACAGGCGCCACAAGCAGAAAAGACGGACGAACAAAAGCCCACAGAAAAAAUUGUCGUUGAUGGUCAAAUCCCGUCAACCAGCGCGGCAGCUCUGGAAACGGGGCUGAGGAAAAAGAGACUUUACAGCACUGUUCUAAGUAUGAGCGCUCCUGCUCCAAUAAACCUAACUCCAGUAGGAUGUGUCAGAUUAUCCCAAAAGUUAGUAACACCUGGUCUUUUAAAACUUAAUCCUAAAAUUGUUUUACCAACAACUAGGAUAAGACCACCAAAUGUAGAUAAGAAAUUUGAUGAACUAGAGAAAGAAGCUUUAGAACAGUACAAAGCGUCAGACGAGAGUAUAGACACGAAAUUCAGUGAGUUGGAAAAGCAGGCCGUCGAGCAAUACAGCACCAGUAACAGCAACACCAGUUGCAGCAGCGGAAACUCUGCAGAAAAACGUACGACGAGUUCGCCGUCCGUGCCAGACGAUCAAAAGAACAAGAAUCAGCCGGCAAAAUUUCAUAAAGAAAAAGUAGAUAGCGUGGUCAUCUACUCUCAGAAUUUUCCCGACUUAAACGCGAGAGGACAUACCAGUCUCAUGAAUUUAAAAAACUUCCACGCCCCCCCGAGGGGGGAAAAAAAGGAGCAAACUCAUAAACCCAAAAGGAGUUUGAAGAGCGAGCAGAGAGCCGCCUCGGACACUGAUUACGACGCCAGAGAGGUGGCCAAAGGUCACAAAGGUCCGAUGCGUUGGACACUGCACGUAGUUCCGCCGAAGAAAAGACACUUGACCCAGUGCGUGUCGGACUGCUCGUCCGACGAGGAUCUGGAAGACACAGCGGGAUCCAUAAAAGACGCUGGUCCGCGCAUAAAGCGACACGUGACGGGAAAGGCGAAGAUGUCCGCCCACGGAGGCGGCGACCUGCAUCCAAUUAUGAGAAAAACGUAGCAUAACGAAUUGUAAUCAUCCAUCGCUGCUUUUGUACACUUUACAGCAAUACAUGCCACUGAAAGUUGUGGAUUGAAAUUGUGGAAAUGCGUGUCAGUUGUUUAAAGUAAAUUGUGUGUGACUUUUGUAUGCAUUUUAUAAGCGAUCGUCAACUUUGAGUGGUCUCAGUUUUUGAUAUAGAUUUUGUGAUGAAUGUUGUGAAACGUGAAAUAGACGCGUACCGAACUAUGCCGUGGCUUUAGCAAUGUGCUCAUUUUACUAGUCAUAAAUACUUUGUAUAUA